AUGACUCGGCCCAAGGUCCCGCCUGAGAAGCGUAUUCGAACUGCUCAAGCUUGCGAAACGUGCAAGCGGCGAAAGCAGAAGCCCUGCAAUACUUGCAGCAAACGGAGCCUGGAUUGUACCUACAUAAAGGCACCCAAUAGCGAUCUAGAUCAGCUCUCCCCGCUCCCGUCCGCCACGCCAGCAAAGCGACGCCAUGUUGACGAUAGUUCACCGGUGAAGACUGAUUCACCAGAAAUCAAUUUGCCAGAUCACCAUAGUCCCACCACGGUGUAUGCGCCCUGGAGCAACGAUCCUAGUCGACACGGGAGCAUCGUGGGACGUCCCAGGGUUGACACUAAUCCCAGCACAUCCACUGAGCCAGACAAUGAGCUUCUGGCGCCAGACCAUGAGUACGAGAACAACUCUAGAAACAGCACGGUUUCUGGGCCAGACGAAGAGACGUCCCUUCUUCAGUCCACGAGAAUGCUACAGGACCCAACUGGAAGGCUACUCUAUGUCGGAGACUCUGCCUCGUUGGCUUAUCUGCAGCUCAUUCGCAUGAUUGUUGAGACAAGGACAGGUCCCAAUGCGUUCACAAUGGAUCCAAGCCGACACAAAAUCAUGGAGCCGACCAUCAACAUGCCAGCGAAUGUGCGACCAUCCCACAUCCUGCCUGAUCAAGAAACGGCGAAAAUUCUAGUUGGCUCUUUCUUCACCAAUGCGUUGUCCCUGAUGGCCGUCUAUAUGCUCGCUGUUUCGAAGCGCAAUGCGGCAUAUGCCUACUUUGGCAUGGCAGUGCGGUCUGCAUUUGCUCUUGGUCUACACAGAGUACAAGAGAACCAUUCCAUUUUUACGAGCGAGGAUGUGAGGUUGAGACGAAACCUUUGGCGAAGCCUUUUUGUCCUCGACAGGUUUUUGGCAGCCUCUUUAGGACGCCCGGCCGCCAUUGCUGAAGACGAAUGUUCAGAGGACGCCUUGAUGGUCUUCGAGAAGAACCAUGUGGGUGAGCUGACACGAGUCUCCGAUACCUCCAGCGGUCUCGACGCAGCCGUCCGAAGCUGUCAAGUCAUUGGCCAAAUUCUAAAGAAGAUCUACGCCCGAAGACGAAUAUCAUUGCGACUAGCACAUGAAAUCGCGGAGCAAUGCCAGACGUGGAGCUCCUCCCUACAUCCCGAUCUUCACUGCACCAAGGUGCGGACAAGACCCUGGCACGCAGCACAGGGCAUCGCCGCUCUGCACGUGAACCUUCUCUACUCGCACUCGAUACUUCUUCUGACGAGACCGUUCUUCAUUUGUCAACUCAGCAAAGUGCACAACGAACGCAGUGGAGUAAAGCUGCCGGUCCCUCGAUGGGUCAACCGCAUGUCCAAGUAUUGUGAGGCUUGCUUCGCUGCAUCCACCCACACCAUCGACCUGGUACAGCAGGCAUAUGAAAGCAACUACCUGCCGCAGCGAAACCCUUUUGUCUUUCUUAUCGUACUGAGCAAUGAAUUCGGCUCAGUCUAUGCGAACCCCUCGUACGAGUUGUUGAUCAACAACUCAAUCACUAUUAUGCAGUAUUGCGCAAAGUCUGACCCCCAGGCUAAUCGACUGCUCUAUAUUCUCAACUCGUUCAAGGCGGCUGUCGCACAUGUUCGGGAGCAAGACAUGGAUACGCCUGCUCUACCUGGCCCUGCCCCUCUUGCCAGCGGCGUUGACCCCAUGGUUGGCAUCUUCACGCCCAGCAAAGGAUCUCGAAGAAGUUCGUUCGUCUCGCCGGUGUCGGCGGUUACUUCUGCGAGCAGAGCAAUGGCGGCACCACCGGCGCCGCUUGCGAUGAAGAUGGAAAGCACCCCGCACCCCUCAUUCGGAAUUGCGGGUGUAUCGCCGGCGAGUAGUGCAGCCGUCAGCAGUGGGGGACGGGAUACGGACACGGGUGACAACGAGUUGGACUUUGACAACCUAUGGGGGCCUUGGACACCUGCACCGACUUCGGCACUGCCCGCGGUGGCAACGAAUGGCGGCCAAUCAACAUCGGCAAGGCCAAUGGGACCCGGAGAAGCCAGAACGGCGGCUCAGAGCGAGAGAGCACUUGGUCCAGGACAUGUACCGAACGACAAAUUGGCGUCAGCAUACGGCCGAUACGGUGCCGGUGGGAUUGUUUCUAACGGGGAUGCGAUGCCUACUGGCCACAGUAUCCCCUCGUCAUCUUCGUUGUUCGCACCCGCUGAGUUUUGA